GGUUAGAAGAUGCCUUGUGGUCAGACUCGGCCCGCCGAGCCCACCUGCCUUUAGCUCCGUGGCGGGGAGUCAGCUUCCACAUGACAUCGCCUCUCCCCUCCAAGGCCUUGGGCCUCUUCCAGAAGAAACAUCUUGCCUGCAAGCCUAUUUUCUCUGCUCAAGAACAUGGUGAUGAGUUUCCGAGUCUCCGAUCUUCAAAUGCUCCUGGGUUUCGUCGGCCGGAGUAAGAGUGGACUUAAACACGAACUUGUCACCCGGGCCCUCCAGCUGGUCCAGUUUGACUGUAGCCCUGAGCUGUUCAAGAAGAUCAAAGAGCUGUAUGAGACACGCUACGCCAAGAAGAGCUCGGAGCCUGUCCCCCAACCCCACCGGCCCCUGGACCCCCUGACCAUGCACUCAACCUAUGACCGGGCUGGCACGGUGCCCAGGACUCCCCUCUCGGGCCCCAACAUUGACUACCCCGUGCUCUAUGGGAAGUACUUGAACGGACUUGGACGCUUGCCCGCCAAGACCCUCAAGCCAGAAGUGCGUCUGGUGAAACUGCCCUUCUUUAACAUGCUCGAUGAGUUGCUGAAGCCCACAGAGCUGGUCCCACAGAAUAAUGAGAAGCUUCAGGAGAGCCCGUGCGUCUUUGCGCUGACGCCAAGGCAAGUGGAGCUGAUCCGGAACUCCAGAGAGCUGCAGCCCGGGAUCAAGGCCGUGCAGGUGGUCCUCAGAAUUUGCUACUCGGACACCAGCGGCCCCCAGGAGGACCAGUACCCACCCAACAUCGCCGUGAAGGUCAACCACAGCUACUGCUCCGUCCCGGGCUACUACCCCUCGAAUAAGCCUGGAGUGGAGCCCAAGAGGCCGUGUCGCCCCAUCAACCUCACCCACCUCAUGUACCUUUCCUCGGCCACCAACCGCAUCACCGUCACCUGGGGGAACUAUGGCAAGAGCUACUCCGUGGCCUUGUACUUGGUGCGACAGCUGACCUCUUCGGAGCUGCUGCAGAGGUUGAAAACCAUCGGGGUGAAGCAUCCGGAGCUGUGCAAGGCGCUGGUCAAAGAGAAGCUCCGCCUGGACCCUGACAGCGAGAUCGCCACCACGGGCGUGCGGGUCUCCCUCAUCUGCCCGCUGGUGAAGAUGCGGCUGUCCGUGCCCUGCCGGGCGGAGACCUGCGCCCACCUACAGUGCUUCGACGCCGUCUUCUACCUCCAGAUGAACGAGAAGAAGCCCACCUGGAUGUGCCCCGUGUGCGACAAGCCGGCCCCCUACGACCAGCUCAUCAUCGACGGGCUCCUGUCCAAGAUCCUGAGCGAGUGUGAGGAUGCCGACGAGAUCGAGUACCUGGAGGACGGCUCGUGGUGCCCGAUCCGCGCCGAGAAGGAGCGCAGCUGCAGCCCUCAGUGCCCCAUCCUGGUGCUCGGCACCUCGGACGCCAACGGGCUCCUGUCCACCCCUAACCUCAACGGUGGCGGUGCAGGAGGCGCCGCGGGCGGGGGCGCCGCGGGCGGGGGCGGCGCGGCGGGCGGCGUGGAGAAUGGGAAGCCGGGAGCCGACGUGGUGGACCUCACUCUGGACAGCUCGUCCUCGUCGGAGGAGGAGGAGGACGAGGACGAGGACGAGGACGAGGACGAGGAGGGUCCCCGGCCCAAGCGCCGCUGUCCCUUCCAGAAGGGCCUGGUGUCGGCCUGCUGACUGCUCACCGCCACCGCUGGCCGGACACUCGACUUUCCUGGUGCUCACCCACGCGGAUGGGGCGCAGGCGGGCCUCGGGGUGCAGAGGGAGGAGUGAUUUUUUUUUUUCUUUUUACUGUUCAUUUUGUUUUUCCACCCCUUUCCCUGGCUCCUGGCACCUGUACCUCUGGACUCUCCUAUCGGAGGAUUAAAAAAAAGUAAAAUGACAAAAAAAGUACAAAAAAAAAAAAAAGGAAAAAGGAAACAAACAAAAAAAAAUCAAACUUUUAAAAACGAGGCAAGCCACCCACACAGCUGCUUCCCCGGCCGGAGCCCGAGCCCCGGAGCCCAAGCCACCCCGGGCCGCCCCGCCUCGCCUCCUCCAGUGACCAUUCCAGCUGGUGCAGGGGGACGGGGCGCGUGGGGUGGGGGGGGGGGCGGCAGCGGGGGACACUGACGGGCACGUGCCCCUCCCCCUGGCAGCAGCCGCAACUUUGACAUUCGUCUGUUCCUUUGCUUUUUUUUCUCUGCAAACACGUUCUCUCGCCCAGAGACCCUGGAGCGCACCGCCGAGCAGGGAGCAUUUUAGCCAAGAAGCCAUGGAGUGGGUUGGGGCAGGGAGGGGGGCGGGGGGAGCAGGGGCCGGGGUGGGGGGGGUGUGGGGGGGGCCGGGGAGGGUUUAGCCACAGAGGUGUUGUAUUUUUUGAAAGUGCAAUAACUUGGUAUUUUGAAGACCCAGCAUGUGGCCAGGACCCCCUGUGGAAGGCGGGGGCCCCAGGGCGCGGCGGCGCGUGGCGUGGGGGGGUCCCCUUUUUCUAGCCAGCUACCUCGGUAACUCCAAUUCAGGUUAACUUCCCUACGGAACAGCGCAGACGUCCGCAGAUGCCGCCACCAGGCCCCUCCUCGGCGGGGCGGGGCGGGGCGGGGCGGGGCGGGGAGGGCGGCCACUCCCCCAGGGGCAGCAGGGACCCCCCCCCUCCCCCGCCCCACCUUCUCCACUUGGGGUGGCUCCUCCCCCCUUUUCUUGCUCUUGGGUUUUCCGACGGGUAGAGGCCCGCCCGGCACCCCCUCCCCUGGGAGCCUCACUCUCGUCUUCCAACAGGGCCGGGCCGAGGGCCUCCCUUCAGCUGCUCACCCAGCACCCACCCCCCCCACCCCCCCACCCCCCCACCCCCCCACCCCCCCGCCCCGGGGACGCCCGGCCUCGGGGUGGGGGUGGGGUCCGGCCAUCGCGGGGAGCCGGCAGCUGGGCGCCCGGCCCCGCCACCCGGCGUCCUCGUCCCCUGGAGGCCACGCUUGGUUCUCCCACCGCCUCUGCCCCGUUCGGUCUCGCUUCUUUUCUUCCUUGCUGCCCACCCCCUGCCCCAGAAUAAUUUCCUUUGUAUAAACAGAACUCUUGUAGUCAGGAAGCAAUAUCAUUUCAGGUCUAAAGAAGAAAGGGACAUCAAUCUGGCCGAGGGCAAAUUCAGUUUUACUGUAUAAACUCGGCUGUGCAGUGCGGCCCCUCCGUCUGCACGGGCCGCUGAGGGCCACCGUUUUCUAAUAUUUGUAUUCUAAUUUAAUUGUUUUUAAAAAACACAAAUAAAAAAGGUCAAGGUGAA